AUGAAUGGGAGCAAGUACUUCGAGAUUGGAGGAGCGGAAGAGUCCUUUGGAAGACCUUUGAAUGCAGAAUCGAUGCUAGAGGACGAGGAGGAGCUGCGAUGGGCGACUAUCGAGAGCUUCGUGGCUCGGGGCAUGGUGAUCCUUGCCGAGUACAUCAAGUUUACCGGAAAUUUCACUAGCAUCUCCUCCCAAUGCCUCCAAAAGCUCCCUGCUUCCAACAACAAGUUCACCUACCAAGGUAGGGGAAGUUCUCUGAGCCGACAAGAAUGGAACAAAAUCCUUAUUGGAGUUGAUGCUGAGUUUGAGGUUGCGGAGCGGGAUCAGAAGAAGAAUAGGAGAAAAAAGAUGCAAAAGAAGAAUGAGGCAACAAAGGAUGAUUUUGGUUCUCUUUUUGGUGAUGGCAUAACUGGAACUUGUCUCAAACUUAACAAAUACCCUGGAGGGCUGAUGCACAUGGAACUUGUCGAGGCUGCUAAUCAGCUAACCAACUACAUGGGCACUGCUUACAUUCUCUCCAAUUUGGCAGCUCUCCUUGCAGAUACUUAUAUUAGCAGAUUCAAAACUGUUGUCUUUGUUGGAAGCCUCGAGUUUUUGCAUUGCAACAUCUUUGAUCCAGCUUCUCUCUGUGAGAAAAUUGAUGGUGCAAAUGCUGCCCUCCUCUUUGUUGGUCUGUAUAUGGUUGCUGUUGGGCGUGCAUCAGUCAAAGCUGGGCGUGAUGAAAAAGACCCAAAAGAAGCAAGGCAGAUGUCCAGCUUCUUCAAUGGCCUUUUACUGGCCGUAUGUGUUGGUGGUGCUAUUAGCUUGACGUUAAUUGUGUGGAUUCAAGAUAAUAGAGGUUGGGACUGGGGCUUUGGGAUCUCUUCCAUCUCCUUGUUCUUGGCUGCGAGUGUCUUUGCUUCAGGACUGCCAAUUUACAGGAUACAAGUGAUUCAAGGAAAUAGCCCCAUCAUUGAAAUCAUACAGGUCUAUGUUGCAGCUAUUCACAACAGACAUCUUCACCUUCCUCAAGACCCCAUAGAUCUCUAUGAGAUUGAAAAUGACAAGGAAGCUGCUGUAGAAGCAGAAUUCUUACCUCACAGAGACAUUUUCAUGUUCUCUCCCAACCUUGAGUUAAUUUGCACAUAA